AUGCAGGGCUGUAAUCCUGGUGCUCCAUUGAUCCGUCUAAACUCUGACUUCCUGCCCAAUCAAUCCGAGGUAGUCCUAACCGCUGGCUCCACCUUCUCCUUUGGUUGCCAUGGGAAUGUGUCUCUCCGAUGGACCACCACUGCGUUUCGUCUGCAGGUCCUGGACCGGCUGCCAAACCCGGUGGAGGUUCGGAGCUCGAACCCCAGACACACCGGAACGUACCGCUGUGGGUACAAAAACCAGAGCCUGGACCACCUGCACACCUGGGUGCACCUGUAUGUCAAAGACGCGGCGGACCCCUCCAGCGUUUUCGUGGUCCCACGCAACCUGCCCCCCAUCAGGGAGGGUGAGGACUUCCUGUUCAGGUGUAUGCUGACCGACCCGUCCGUCACCAACCUAACCCUCCAAUCAUCGGACAGCAGCGAGGGCAGGGGGUGGGGCCUGCCCCCAGGAAUGUCCGUGACCUUUGACCCGCAUAGAGGAGCCCUGAUCCGGGACCUGAAGACGUCCUUUAAAGGACACUACGUGUGCUCAGGCUGGAGGGACGGACACGAGAUCAGGUCCUCAGCAGUUCACCUGCUGGUGGAGCGCAGGCUGCGUCAUCCUCCUUCUCUCUCCAUCAGUGAGGAUGAAGGUGUGCGUCUGGAGGGAGAGAAGUAUGACAUCACCUGUGUGACCAGUAACCCCUCCCACUUCUACAACCUCACCUGGACACAACCUUACACUAAGAAGCUGAACGUGUCUGUCAGCCGUCUUUAUAGCAACCAGCGGAUGUACAUCAACAGCACAGUGACAGUGUCCGCCGUCAGCCAGAGACACAGCGGAGACUACACCUGCACGGCCGUCAACGAAGCCGGGGUCGCCAAGGCAACCACUCGUCUCACAGUUCUGAAGGGGAAAGUUCUCACCAAAAGGGUGAAGCUCUGGUCUGAGGAUGCUGGACCAGAAGUGCAAGGCUGGCUGGACUGUACGGUGUGGGAGGAGUUCAUCACAUCAUCUAAGGACCUGGAUGAGCUCACAAAUGUUGUCAGUCCUGGAUCUCGCACUGUGUAG